CGCGCGCGCGCGCGCACGAGGGCCCCGCCGGCGGCCGCGGGUGGAGGGGGCGGUUCCUCGAGUGUCGGCGACCCGAGGGCGUGCAGGCGGGCGGCAGGUGCCGCCGCGGCCGCCGCCGCAGCCUGCUCCCGGCCCCGCAUCUCCUCGUCUUCCCGCGGCGAUGAGCUGGGCCCCGUCGGGGGCUGCACCUGCUGGCUGCCCAUCACCCCGGGCCUGCCGGCGUGACCUCGGCCUCGUCGCGUGUCGGGCCCCCGCGGCGCGGCGCUGCCCCUGAGAGGGAGCGGCGGCGGCCUCCUCCGCCCCGAGUGCUCGCUCGGGGGCCGCGCGGGGACAGCGCCCGGCCCCCUCCCCUCCCCGGUCCGCUGUCCUCAAUGUCUCCCCGGCGGGGAGGGGGCUGCCUGGGAGACACGCUGAGCGGCCCCCCCCGGAGGCUCGUUGGCGGCAGCAGCAGCGCCCAGCCCGGCGCCCCGCAGCCCUCGCCGGCGGCGGCGGCCUGGAGGAGCCGCGCACCCGCCGUCGCCCCCCGAGCCUCGCAGCCGCCGCCGCCCGGCGCCCCAGGAGAGGGCGGCGGGCGACCCCCGGGGAAGAUGAAGGCGGAGGGGGGCGACCACUCCAUGAUCAACCUGUCGGUGCAGCAGGUCCUGAGCCUCUGGGCCCACGGGACGGUGCUGAGGAACCUCACGGAGAUGUGGUACUGGAUCUUCCUGUGGGCUCUCUUCUCCUCUCUGUUUGUCCAUGGUGCUGCAGGAGUGUUGAUGUUUGUGAUGCUGCAGAGGCACAGGCAGGGAAGAGUCAUCUCUGUCAUCGCAGUCAGCAUUGGAUUUUUGGCUUCUGUAACUGGAGCAAUGAUUACCAGUGCAGCGGUGGCCGGCAUCUACAGAGUAGCAGGGAAGAACAUGGCCCCUUUAGAAGCCCUGGUGUGGGGCGUUGGGCAGACCGUAUUGACAUUAAUCAUCUCUUUUUCAAGGAUCCUCGCUACACUUUGAGGUUUCUGAGGGAAUGUCUUAUUUCACAUAAGGAAACAGAGGUACAGAUUCCCUGAAAAUGGCAUUGUUAACGAGCUGUGGACCGAGCAAGUCAAAACAUAAGGAAGACCUUGAGCUGUGUGGAAAGACUGCCCUCUGGCGUUCAAGUGAUUGCACUACCGCACUGCACCUUACGUGCCUCCGUCCCAGGCAAGGUGCACAAGACCCACGUGAAGCCUCAAGAAAAAGCACCUUGUUUAGCUGCCAAUCAGGUUAACAUUGGUGUUGAAAUCAUCGUUCUUAACAGUGUUGUGUUAAGUUACAGGGACGUUUUGAGGAAUUGAUAUAUGUGCCAAACUUUUCUUUUUGACAUUGAUCAUGUGACAGUUUGCAAGUGUAGAUGUAGAUGAGUGCUGUGAACACAUUUGACAGGAAUUCAGGUCAUGUGGUAAGAUUUGUUUUGUAAUGCUGAAUCCCCUGAGUGCUAAAUACCAACUCGUUUAAUACGGGAGAAAUUAUUUGGUUUUUAAUGUUGAGUGUUUCUGGGAUUUAGGGCUUAUUAGGCAUUAUUAUUUAAUUUAUGUGGAAAAUACAGUCUUCUUAAUGGAAGAUGAGCUAAACUGUUUUAAGGAUUCAAAGUAGACUGUAGGGUGCAUACUUCUCACUAACCAAACACCCUUUUAAUAGUUUUCCUCAUGCAUAAAUAUUUUAUUUAUAUGAAUUUAAAAACUUUAGGGGUCACACAUAUUGUUACUUAUGUGUCAUAAAAAUAUAAUUUGAAAUUUUUCUUAUAAAUUUUGUAAGAAAAAAAUCUGAAAUGCAUGUUGCAUUCUUUGACCCUUCUAAAGAAAGUUUUGCCUUGUAUCUCAUGAAGAAAACAUCUUUGUCAUUAGUAUCAGUGGGAUUAUAUUACUUGUUACAUCUGUCUUGAUUUUUGACAAAACAGUCUUUCAUUCUAGAGUAUUAACUAUACUGAAAGAGUGGCCUAAAUUAGGCUCUGGAAAUAAAAAUGCUCAUUUGUAUAUAAGUAACAAGUAAGUUAUAUAGGAAGAAUAAUAAACUCUCUUACUUUGGAUAUGUGGCAAUGUCAUAAUUCUGCUAAGUAAAAAUUGGGGAAUACAAUAAAUGAUUUUAAAACUUGGCAGUCUGAACAAAUCAGUACAGUACAAAAUAUAUAUAUUUGAGUGAUUCAUUUCAGAUGUUUAGUUCUUGAUUUAAGUUUACUAGAAUCUGAUCACAUUUAUUAAAGUGGCACUAUCUUUUGUAAAGCAUUUUAAGAGGUUUUGUCAGUACAUAGCUGUUUGUUUGUAAGAAGACAAGAAGUAAGAAAAACACAGAACUUUGGCUGGUUAAAUUGGUCUCCUAGUGAAAUUUUUUUUUUUUUUUUUUUUUGCCAGUUGUAAUUAAAAACUUGCUAACUCAAAGGAACAGCCAUUAUAGAGAAUACAGAGAACAGUCCAGAAAAUAGUAGAGCACCCUAACUUCUCUGUUUAACUUGUCUUUUAAAAAAGCAGGUUCAUUUUAGAUCCCAUUCAAAUUUAAGACUUCUGUUACCUAUGCUACUUUUCCUCCAUCAAAAACAAGAAUAUAUCAAUCUAUUGUGAGAUUUGGGAAGGAGGAUACCUUUAGCUAUGUGGAAACCAGUUUUAGGGGUUUACUAUCACUGGCUUAGACAUUUGUUCAAACAACAGCAACCAAUUAGCAAAUAUUCAGUCUUAAAGAUCUUUGAAGUAAAUCUUAAAAUUGAUUCUUUUUAUGUACAAGCGUACUAUUAAUUUAUGUGUUCUUUAUAUUCCUAAUGCUUCCUCAAAUUAAAUUUAGACAUAACUUUUCCAGGUCGAUUCAAUUUCUCCUUUUCUGUUGGACUUGAAUUGUAUUCUUUCUUGACUUUGGCUGUCCUAUCAAUAACUUAAAGCAUUUGUAUUCUAGAGGAAUUACCAAUAACGUUGAAAUUGUCUCAGAAGUACAGAAUGAAAAUUUUAAAACAUGGCAAUUUUAUGAUUUGAGAAAGAUAUCAUGGUAUUAUGGAGCACAUGGUUCAUAAUCCAAAAUUAUCCAGAAAAUAACUUGGACAUGGUGUAUAUGAAUGCAUGGACCAAAGAGAUCUGCACUCCUGUUUGUACUCUGGAAUGAAAGUGAACUCAGUGGUCGGUCUGUGGCUUGUCCUGCAGCUCUCUCAUUAUCAAACUGACCUAUAUUAAGGUUUGAGUGUGUAUGUGUGUGUACGUGUGUAUACUUUUAAUUUGGGGGGGAUAUUUUUGGUUCCUUUGCUGUUCUGUUAUUCCCAUAGGGAUUUUGUAGAACUGGCACUCUUUUGAUGUUUUGAAAUGCAGUUGAAUAGUGUGAAUUUAUGAAAUUGUUUUAAUAGCUAUUUAUAUGCUGAGAUUUUUUAAAAGUUAGUGGUUUUCCUAUAGAGACAAGAUGUCUAAUGAUAUAUAUGUAUACAUCUAUAUAUCAUUAUAUACAUAUAUAGAGAGCUAUAUAUGAAUACAGUCUAACUGGAAAGCUUUUGUUACUGAACACUUUUGUGUUCUAGUGGAGAAUUUGAUAUAUUUGUUUAGUUGAAUGAUCUUUUACGUAGAGGAUGUUUGGGAUUUUUGAAUUUUGGAAAAGUUUUCUUGGUUUAAUAGUGCCGGAGACCCUUGUUUGGGACAUGACAAAAGUCCUUAUUGACAUAGUUGGGUCACACUUUAAGAUUUGUAUGUGAUUCAGCAGUAAUUUUUCUUUUCACAAGUGCAAGAAGGAAGGGGUAACCCUGCAACUGACACUCCUUUAUUUUAAAAAUGUUUAGUGAAGUAUCGCUGAUAGUGAACUGGAUUCCCCACAGAAGGAACUCCUGUGAACCCAGAGUCAUUACUUAACAUACUGGUUAGACAUGGCCACAGAUGUGUUAGCUGGGAGCCUCAUGCAAGCUACAAAUUAGGCUCCAAAACCUUUAGCAGACAGAGGGACAAGUGGUCUGUCCCCUGGCACAGUUCCUUUGGUCACCUAGGGUCAAGAAAUCCUAAAUUAUGGCUGUGUUCCCCACUUCCAGCUUCAUUUCUGUUUUGGAUCAUAAUGCUUACGAUCCAAACAGCAUUAGUCUGUUUCCGAUCUACUUUCUGAGUGUUUGUAGCAUACAUUUCCCCUGCUACAUUUCCAAACCCACAUCAGUUCUGCUUGUACUUUAAAUGACAGAAGGAAAUGAGUCGGCUUGUUUAUUUUCUGUUUGUGGUCUGAGGACUAGGGAUGAUUUAAGAUCAAAGAGUGUCUUUGGAAGAGGUCGUUGGAGAGCCCUGAGGAAUAGGAGGGAAGUGGGGCUCCACAUUCACAUGCCGGGCCGUGCUCCCCUGCCAGCUCUCGUGGUUUCAUAAAGACUUCUUGCAGUUCUCGGAUGUGCAGAGUGCCGUACCAAGUGUCGUCUGCUCUUCAUACAGCGAUGACCAGGAAGGGAUUCCUGUCCUCCAGUCCACCAAGAGCUGCCUUGGAGACAACUUCAAAUCCUAGAAGGGUUGGGGCUGUUGGCUUCCUGAUUCUAGUUAGGAGUUUGAAUCCUGUUGUCCCCACCAUGAUUCUGAUUUCCCCAGUCCAUCCACUAACAGGAAUUUCAGUAACUGAGCUGUCAUUGCCGUGUCACAGGGAGAGAGUACUAGACUCUGAGCCAACGACUGAGGCUUGAAUCCAGGCCCUGUCGCUUGUUAACUUUUUGAUCUGAGUAAAUCAUGUAACAUCUCUUGGCUUCUGUUCAUACAGUGUGAAAUUUGAUUAAUACUUCUUAUGGUUAUUGUGAGGAUUGUGUGAGAUUAUUUACUAAUUCAGGCAAAGCAAUAUGUGUUUGACAGUAAAUGAUCCCUAGGUAGUUGCCUGAAUUUUUCUUAAAUAAUGUUUUGCAAAACCAGUUGAAUAUGUUUUAUAAGAUUCACCUAUUCCCAUUCAUUUCUGCAUUUUCCCUACAUUUUUAACAUGAAAACUAAAAAAAGAAAAAAAAAGUCUCAUAACCUAGUCCUUCACAUUUUCUCCACCCUUUAUUUUUAAAAUCAGCAGAUAUUUAUCUAAGGACACCUCUGGACUUCAGUGGUGGUGGGAGUGGCCGAGGCAAGCAGGAUUAAGUUAUAGGUUCUGGUUCCCACAGGUGGAAGUGGGACAGGAGUAGAGGUGACCAGCGUUUAGGCAGUCACUCCUUUAUUUCCCUGGAUCUGCUUAGGAUAUUCAUUGACUCUCUGUUGUAUGCAAAUUAUUAUCCUGGUUUUGGAGACAGAAAAGUGAGUAAGAGUCAGCCCCCUGACCCCUAUGUCUGCCUUUCUUCCACAGAUCAAGGUGGUUUUUGGUCCUGGUUAUUAUCAUUGUUUUGUUUACUGGUUGGGUUUUUUUUGUUUUUAACCUAAAAGGAAAGACCAUUAUUUUAAAUGUAUGUUCAUUUUAUAAUUCAGGAAGUAACAAGAUACUAACAGCAUUUUCAGAAAUAUUCUCAUACUACUUCAUUCUUACUGUCCCAAAGUUUUCUCAGAAAGUCUUAAACAGUUUCUCUAAACAUUCUUAUUUAUUUUGUUUUCAAGAUAAGAGGAAUGUGAAAAAAGUCACUGAAGAAAUUCUAGUAGCCUUAGAUUGCAGAGAAGUUUGGUAACACGUGUUGGAUAACUGGGUAAAUUCCUGUUGUAACAAUUAGGAAUGAGACUCUUGGUGGUUAAAAUGGACUGACCAUUGAAUGGUCUCAUAAUCUGCCAUAAUUGCCCAUCCUUUUGAAACUCUGCCAGGUAGAAGGAACAUCAUUUGAUUAGGAGUCAUAACUUUUCAAAUGUGUGGUACCAUUUUAUAGCAGGGGGAGGUUUAAAGAUAGGAGAUGUUGAGGGGCCACAGGACAUACCUGUGACCCUUGAGCCCAGCCUCUCCUUCAUAAGGCUGGAGCUACCCUGUGCGAGUACGUGUGCGCGCAUACCUUUGUGUGUGGCUGUGCUGACAGCAGUGCGCUCCUCGUGUGGUGCUAGGUCGCCCCUUGGCCUGGAGGAUCCGUCGAGCUCGGGCAGUGUGGUUUUGAUCAGGAGGUUGUUGAGUGAGUUAUCUCAACAGCCAUCUGUGCAUUUGUUUGGGGCCAUACUACAUGUAGUAUUUUCAAUAAAUAUGGAGAUAGGUUGGUUAAUUCUUGAUUAAAUCAGUGGCGGCUCUCAAGUGUCUGAGUGAGCUGAGCUGUGAACUGUGAUCCCCUUUUCCUGAGUUGAGGGGGUUCGUUUUGACAUUCUUUACAUUUGUUGAGCAUAUGUUGAGCUUACAUAAUAGCCCUUCCUUGAUUUUGAGAACUAAUUUAGCAGUUUCUUUAAAAUCUUCCCCCUUUUCCCAAACAGAUGCCAUAUGUCAUGGUUUAGACAGACGCACAGCUUGUUGAUGGAAGAGGAAGUGCUGGUUCAGAAGAGAUUUUCCACACCUGUGGUUACGUAACUGUUCCUGAACAAUAGCUGGGCAAGUGCGGAUGGCUUGAGCCUCUUGACAUUAUUUUUUUCUUUAGAUUCUAUGCCGUACACAUAUGCAGACUGUCCAUCCUUUGUAGUAACUUGACUGUCUCCGUUUGGGGAAUGUCUCUAGGUCUUCAACCGACACUGGAAAGCAGGUGACAGACGCAAAUACACAGGAAGGGUGACUGUAGUGCACAGGCAUCUGAAUCCCACCACUAUCAUGCUUUUUCUCUAAAUAUAUUGGCAGUGACUAAAAACCAUCAUUUAUUUUUCAGAACCCCAUUUAAAUGAAUGUUAGUUUGAGAGUACUACUAAUGAUGAAAAGUUAUCCCCCUUUGAAAUUAAAAGGCUCACCCCAUCACUAAGUCACUUUGGGAUAGAGCAUUUUGGAGUUUUCUUCUUAGACAGUAAGUCGAGGCCAAGUUCAAGUGCAGUGAAAAUGAUGUACUUUCAGUACUGGGUGAGCAGCACGGAGUCUGACUGCUGGCACUUUCCUGGUGUUGGCGACAUCGAGUGCAUUGACCACGGAGGAGUCGGAGAACAUCCUGGCCUCCCUCAGCACACGCACCUUCUGACAUGAGCUCCACGUGUUUAGAUGAACAAAUAGGAAAAUUCACAGUGCUUUUUAUUUUAGCUGUGUAACUUGGUGAAAUUCAUCUAAUUCUACUCUGAGUAUUAGCCCCUGGCUCCAGUCAUUCUGGGAUGAGGGGAGCAACUACUAAAAUGUCUUUAUGUAAAUUGUAAAAGUACAAUUUACCUGACAGGUGUUGAAACUCACUUUCAAAUUGUGUUAACUCUCAGACCACUGACGAAUCAUUUAGUUAAAUCACAGUACUGUUCGUAAAAGCUAAAUGAUACCUUAGUGCCUUGAAAGUUAAAAUACUUUUGCAAAGUGAAUUUAGAUUCAGGAUUGGCACCGAUGAGUGGGCUUGGGACACAUCACCUGUGACUCCAGAGUUUAGGAAGGUGUCACUGAAACAGGUCUUGGCUACUGACUUCUUAUGGGUUGUGUAAGCCAGUUAUUGAGCCAUUGGCUCUGCCAGAUGACAGCUACUUUCAUUAUGUUUUCAUGAUGUGGCAUUUCCUCUGCUUUUUUUUUUUUUUUCUUUUUUCAAGUAUGACAUGGGGGGAAAAUGUAGUCAAGCAAAUUACAUGUGGGAUUUUAAACUUUAGUUUUGUUGUAAACUAGAGAUUCUAGUGUGAGCGAUGUUAGUUUUAUAUUGUAGUACAAGGGCAGACACUUUAUGUAACUUUUAGAAAUACGUUGACCAUCAGGGAUUUAUUUUUACUAUAGAAAUACUAAAUGUACUGUGAAGCUUCAAGAUGGGAGGAAUAACCCUUGGAGGGGUAGUACACAGGAACAAAAGCAUAUUUGACAAAGUACCCUGCAUUAUGUGAACACAAUUCCCCCCUUCUGUCAAGAGUAUAAACUACGCUGUAUGAGUUUGUGUACUGCAUGUUUACAUAAUAGUUUAAUUUUGAAGGAUUAUUUAAAAAACUAUGUUUAUAUAUAAUACCUAACAAGCUGUAAAUAUUGUAUACUAUUGAUUUUUAAUUUUAUAUAAGCAAUUUUUAUUUCCCAAUUCAUGUACAAAUCCCAUUGUAUAUAUAGCAUAAUUUCCUGGAGAACACAAAUUUUGCAGUGAAUUUUAAGUAUUUUAAUUGCAGAAAGCAUCAAGUUAGCCUUAGAGAGAUGUUGAUCUUCAUUUUAAAUUAUUUUUCACCACUCAUUUUCUUCAAAGGGCAGCAAUAAACAUAUGCAAGUUGUUUUUGAUUCUAGAAAGUUGGUCCACAAAGAUCUAGGUUCCAGUUCAUUGCUUUAAAGAAAAGAUGCACAAUUAAUCUCAUCCAGUGUCUGAUCACAGGACCCUUUCCAAGGUCCACACGUGACUCUCCUCUUUGUAAUAUACAGGGUGAACUCUACCGACGACACAAAACAUCUGUUACAAGUGAAUCCAGCACUUAACUGUCAUUACACAGAAUUUAUUGGAUUAAAAAUUUGUAAUAUACAGUAUUUUAAUAAAGUUUCUGUAUUCAAUUUCAUGCACUUAUAUAUAAAUAAACCUGUCUUUAAAAGCUU